ACCCGUCUGUACAAAACGAGUGAAGGGGGAGCACGGACAGUCCGAACGAACUGCGGAUCUGAGCCGAGAGGGAACGCGGAUUUAAAGGACGGGUGGGACCGAAGUGGCUCAAGUUGAAACUGAAAAGAGAAGCACUUGGCAACAAUCUCAGAGGAUUUUGAGACCUUCUAGGACGCCUUAUUUCACAUGGAUUUUUCAGAUCGUCUACUCUAGAUGACUUAAACGGUCCCGAGGUCUCCCGUGUACCCGAUUCGUCCCCGUGUCGCAGAGUUUGCCUCCGAGGCCCGGCCCGGCCCGGCCCGACCCGACCGGCUGUUUGAAGAGACCGGCCCGUGGAGGCGAGGAGCCGCCAUGUCUUAAACCCUGUGCACCCCGUCCAGGAACCCUGCCCCCCCCGCCCCCAGCCCUCCUCCCUCACCCCCACCCACACCCCCUCCUUCUCCUCAUCCUCCUCCUCCUCCUCUUCCUCCUGCCCUCCCCAUCCAUGUGACCCCCGCCAGCGCCUCCCCUCCAGCCAUGAGCCUGCAGAAGCACCAGCCCAUGGGCUCGGACCGGGACCUGCAGUCGGCCACCUCCUCGGUCAGCCUGCCGUCCGUCAAGAAGGGCCCCAGGAAGCGGCGCAUCUCGCUGGCCUCGCUGUUCCGCCGGCGGCGGGAGCCCAAGCGCAAGUCCCGCGAGCCGCCCGGCGGCGUGGACGGCAUCGCCAGCAUCGAGAGCAUCCACUCGGAGAUGUGCAACGACAAGAGCUCGGCCUUCUCCGCGCCGGGGGCCGCCUCCACCUGCUCGGGCGCCUCCUCGGGCGCCUCCUCGGCCUCGGGCCCGGGCUCCUCGGCGUCCUCCUCGCACUCGGCCGCCGCCUCCUCCUCCUCCAAGGGCGGGGCCGAGCUCCUGGAGUGCCCCCUGUGCCUGCUGCGGCACGCGCGGGAGCGCUUCCCCGACAUCAUGACCUGCCACCACCGGUCGUGCGCCGACUGCCUGCGGCAGUACCUGCGCAUCGAGAUCUCGGAGAGCCGCGUCAACAUCAGCUGCCCCGAGUGCGCCGAGCGCUUCAACCCGCACGACAUCCGCAUGAUCCUGGCCGACCGCGCCCUCAUGGAGAAGUACGAGGAGUUCAUGCUCCGCCGCUGGCUGGUGGCCGACCCCGACUGCCGCUGGUGCCCCGCCCCGGACUGCGGGUAUGCAGUCAUUGCCUUUGGCUGCGCCAGCUGCCCCAAGAUCACCUGCGGGCGGGACGGGUGCGGCACCGAGUUCUGCUACCACUGCAAGCAGCUGUGGCACCCCAACCAGACCUGCGACGCUGCCCGGCAACAGCGGGCCCAGAGCCUGAGGCUCCGCACCAUCCGCUCCUCCUCCCUCAGCUACAGCCAGGAGAGCGGGGCCACAGCCGAUGACAUCAAGCCCUGCCCGCGCUGCGCCGCGUACAUAAUCAAGAUGAACGACGGGAGCUGCAAUCACAUGACCUGCGCCGUGUGCGGCUGCGAGUUCUGCUGGCUGUGCAUGAAGGAGAUCUCCGACCUGCACUACCUGAGCCCGUCUGGCUGCACCUUCUGGGGGAAGAAGCCCUGGAGCCGGAAGAAGAAGAUCCUGUGGCAGCUGGGCACGCUGGUGGGCGCCCCCGUGGGCAUCGCGCUGAUCGCCGGCAUCGCCAUCCCCGCCAUGAUCAUCGGGAUCCCCGUCUACGUGGGGAGGAAGAUUCACAACCGCUAUGAAGGAAAGGACAUCUCCAAGCACAAGAGGAACCUGGUGAUAGCGGGCGGCGUGACUCUGUCUGUGAUCGUGUCUCCGGUGGUGGCUGCUGUGACCGUUGGCAUCGGGGUGCCCAUCAUGCUGGCGUACGUGUACGGCGUGGUGCCCAUCUCCCUGUGCCGCAGCGGGGGCUGCGGCGUGUCGGCGGGCAACGGCAAAGGGGUGCGCAUCGAGUUCGACGAGGAGAACGAGAUGAACGCCGGCAACGGAGCGGCCGCCACCGACAGCACCUCGGUGGCGGAGACGCGGAACAACCCGAGCAUCGGCGAGGGCAGCGUGGGCGGGCUGACGGGCAGCCUGAGCGCCAGCGGGAGCCACAUGGACCGCAUCGGCGCCAUGCGCGACAACCUGAGCGAGACCGCCAGCACCACCGCGCUCGCCGGCACCAGCAUCACCGGCAGCCUGUCGGGCAGCGCCAUGGUCAGCUGCUACAACAGACUGGAGGUGCAGGCGGACGUUCAGAAGGAGCGGUACAGCCUGAGUGGGGAGUCUGGCACCGUCAGUCUGGGGACAAUCAGCGACAACGCAAGUACCAAAGCCAUGGCCGGGUCCAUUCUGGGCUCCUACAUGCCUCUGGACAGAGACGGGAACAGCGUGGAGGUGCAGGUGGACAUCGAGUCGAAGCCGGGGAAACUGCGCCACUGCAGCGGCGGCAGCAGCGCCGACGACGGCAGCAACGGCGGGCGUGGUGGGGGUGGGGCCUGCCCCUCCGGCUGCCCCAAGUGGGCCAAGGACCCGGCUCCCCCCUCCUCCUCUUCCUCCUCCUCAUCAUCGUCCUCCUCCUCUUCCUCAUCAUCCUCGGGGAAGAAGGGCAAGGGCAAGCUGCGCAAGAAGGGCGGGACCAAGAUCAACGAGUCGCGCGAGGACAUGGACGCGCAGCUGCUGGAGCGCCGGAGCACCAACUCCAGCGAGCCGGACUCGCCCUCGCUGAGCGACAGCGUGCCCUCGGUGGCCGACUCCGAGCUCAGCGGCUCCGACCUGGAGGGGGCCAGGGGCCCCUGCGGCCCCGAGCGCCGCGCCCAGCCCCCCGCCCACGCCCCCGCCGUCAGCCCCCUGCCCGAGGUGGAGAACGACCGGCUGGAGAGCUGCCCCGCCCCGCCGGGCCCGCCGCCCCCGCCCCUGCCCCUGGGCCCCGCCUCCCCGGGCCCCGCCCCCCGCCCCGAGGCCUUCCCCCUCUGCUACAUCGCCGAGGAGACGGUCGCCCUGGCGCGCCCCAGCGGGGCGGAGCCCCUGAAGGAGGCCAACAACAACCACCCAGAGCCGGCCAGCGCUGUGAAGAACGCCUGCAUCCAGACUGAAAUCUGACACCACAAGUGCUGCACACGGACUCCGCCCGUCUCUCACAGACCUUACCCUCGCCAGCGUCUGCGAGCUGGUGGUCCUUUUAAGAGUUCCCACUCACCCAACCACCCCCCACACCCCACACCUCCUCACCUCCGCACCACAAGCCAGCUUUAAUAAUCUGUUCCGUUUCUUUUUCGGUUAGGAUUGUCGACGAGGAAUCUGGUAAAAGUGUCGUGUACGAGAUGCGUUGAAAGAUCCAUUGGCUGUAUUCGAAUGAUUGAUUUGGAGUGGGAGGAGCUUGACGCGAACCAGCGGGGUUAAAUAACGAGCCUCCAUCCCCCCCCCCCCGCCCCCCCUCGCCCCCUCACCCUUACUUGAUUGUUCGAGUCCUCGGACUGCGUUUCCCACCUCGUUAACAUGGAAACGUGGGGGGGAGGAGUCAACCGGCCUGCCCGCCUUACUCUGUCGCGGGCGCGCGUCCUAUUCGCCCGUUCGCUUUACGUGCGGGUUUUCCCCGCCCUGGCCGAGCUCCUCGGGGGGGAGCCCUGGAGCCCUGGGGGCCGCGCGCGUCACACUUUCAUAGGGACCAGGCGUCGCCGUUUCCUUCCCCUCCACCGUUCUGUAAAGGACGAGGCUAUUUCUGUGAAGCUCAUGAUUCUUAUUUAUUGUUUGUUCGUUCGUCGGGAAACGAUGGUUGACGGAAGCCAGCCUUCUUGCGGAGCGCGUAGAGUUGUUGUUUGGGAAGUUGUACAGAAGGAGGUUCACACUGGCUGGUCGAAAGCUAAACCCGGUCCUAUCUCGGGGGAACCCACAGUUUGUGCCCGCUCGCCUGCUGACCAUGGGGGGGGGGGGCAGGCAGGCACAGGUGUUUCGAGAGAACGAGAGUCUGCAGGUUAAAGAAUGAGGGUCAGGAAGGCCGCUGUCGGGUUUGGCUUUUUGGAGAAAGGGGCUCGGCUCCCUCUGGAUCGCUUCGUGCAGAAUCCUGACACUCGACUUUCAGCUGGAAGGUUUCCCGAAGGCUGACGCGUUCAUCUUAUAGAGUAAGAUUGUUUUUUUUUUCUUACCUUUUUCGCAUCUUCAUUGAUUCAUGGUGCCUUUGAAAAUUCCGCUGUUCUUUUUGUACGUUUCUUCAUUCUGUGUCUUCAGAACUUUCAAAACAAAACGAAACAAAACAAAACAAAAAAAGACAAAAAAAAUUCAAAUAUACCUUCAGCCGAAUGUCUGUCUGAAUGCCGUCAGGAGAGACGCUAGUAGUUAUUUCACAUACUGUGGUAGACAUUAAUGAAUAUGUGACUCUUGAAUUGCCUACCAAAGACAGCCCUCAGGCUUAUUCCUGUAACCCUUGAUGACGUCAGCUGGCCAACGUGCGCUUUGAAGGGGGCGCGGUCAACAAAUGGUAGAAUGGGGGGGAAAAAAAACAGAUUCAGAUUCAGGAGUACAGACUGCUGUUUUACGCACGCUCACGAGAAAAAAAAAAAAAGCUACGCAAACUUCUGAGGCCAGAGAAAAGGCUUAAGGCACCUGCACUGUUAAUCCUAGUUCCCCAUAUACAUGUACCGCAAUGCACAAAAGCGUACGGGGACACAGACGAUUGGAUGAAACUUUUUUUUAUUUUAUUAUUUUUUAUUUUUGGGUCCUGUGAUUUCCUGUUCCCAUUCAGAUGCUGCUGAAUGAUAGCUCCAGACUGAAAAAAGAAAAUGCCACAAGCUGCAGUUUUUUCCCAUUUGAGACCUCCCCCCACCCUGAUUUUAUUUCCAUUUUGUCACAACCCCCCCCCCCCCCCCCCCAUAUUUCGUUACCAUACUUCAAACACUAGUGCCAGGUAUAAUUUUUAAUUUGUGCAAAACAGCUUAAGGUAUUUGUAUAUUUGUUUGCUAAUUUGCUUUACAAUAUGCGUGUAAAUGCAUAUCUCAAAAAUAAAAAAAAUGAUAAAGAA